GUCUCAUAAUCCUUAAUCCAUUAAAAUAUAUGUCACAAGAAAUACCUUAGAGAAGGAAAUGUAAAAGAUUGGUGGUUAGGGGACCUGCUUUUAAUACUGACUCUCAUGUCGAGCUGGUUACUACCAGGCAUUCUUAGAUGCAGAAUGUAAAGAAGAAUUUCAGGAACUUAGAAUGAAAGAAGUCAGAGUAGUCAUUUGUGGUGACCAAGGGGUCGGAAAAUCCUCUUUAAUUUCAGCGUUAAUACAAGAAGAUAAUGUUACAGCUAUCCCAAAGGUAUUUCCAAUCAUAUCGAUUCCGCCUGAUCCAGAAUUAAACGACAAUGUUUCUUUGGUACUAGUAGAUACACAGUCCGGCAGUAACGAAAGAGAAUAUUUGGCUUCACAAUUAAGAAAAGCUAAUGUCAUAUGUCUGGUAUAUUCAGACAAUUACUCUUAUGAACGUGUUAGCAUCUUUUGGCUUCCGUACUUUCGAUCCCUGGGAAUCAAUGUCCCUAUUGUCUUAUGUGCAAACAAAUCAGAGGACCUUGACAAUUACCAAGGGCUUCAUUCUAUCGAGCAUGAAAUGGUACCCUUAAUAAACGAGUUCAAAGAGAUAGAGUCCUGCAUUCUUUGCAGUGCGCUUGAAAAAAUAAAUGUGAAUGAGCUAUUUUACAUAUGCCGUUCUUGUGUUAUUUAUCCCAUCAUUCCUCUUUGGGAUACGAAAGAAAAGAAACUAAAGAGCGUGGCGGUUGAUGCCUUAAGCCGAAUAUUCUUCUUAAGCGAUAAGAAUAAUGAUGACCUUCUAUCGACAACAGAGCUCGCACAUUUGUCUGAGAAGUGUUUUGAAAAGCAGCUCAGCGAAGCAGAAGCAAAGGAUAUAAUUUAUACAGUUCAAGAAGUCUUCCCAAAGGGGAUAGUUGACGGCCAGCUCAACCUUGCUGGGUUUUUAGCAUAUAAUCAAAACCAAAUCGAGAACGGAAAACAGGAAAGUACAUGGGGAAUUUUGAGAGCGUUUCAUUAUACAGAUAGUUUAUGCCUUGAUGAUUCUUACCUAAAUCCCAAAUUAGAAGUCGCUCGAGGUCAGAGUGUUGAACUUAGUCCAAAGGGAUAUAGGUUUCUAGUUGACUUGUUUUAUCAGUUUGAUCGAGAUAAUGACGGAGCGUUAAACGAUGAUGAACUCUCCGACCUCUUUCGGUAUACACCAGGACUUCCUGAAACAUGGAUUCAUUCUCAGUUUCCAAAUUCGACCGUACUUAAUGAACACGGGUUUGUCAGUUAUAAUGGUUGGUUGGCUCAGUGGAGUAUGAUUACCCUAUUUGAUUACAAAACAACAUUGGCGUACUUGGCUUAUCUGGGAUUUGAUACCGAAGGUCGUGGUCAUACAACUGACGCACUCAAAGUCACGAAGAAGAGAUCCAUUCAACAUCGUCGAGUUUCCAAGUAUGAUCGAAACGUGUUUUUGUGUUUUGUGGUCGGAUCUACUGGUUGUGGAAAAACUUCAUUAUUAUCUAGUUUCAUUAACAAAAUUCCGCAUCGGUUGCCCGAUGAUUUAAUUCCCAACACAGUUGUCAACAGUGUUGAAUUUCAAAGCAAGCAAAGAUACUUGGUGCUCUCUGAAAUAGGCGAGCAAGACCUUGACAUACUUGCCGAACCAAAAUCAUUAGAUGCCUGUGAUGUGUUGUGCUUGCUGUACGAUUCCUCUAACCCGAAUAGUUUUUCUUUUAUUGCCAAUCUUUUGAGUCGUUAUCCUGCGCUUCAAAAAAUCCCUUGCGUAUUUGCCGCAACGAAAGCCGAUUUAGAUCGUCAACAACAAAGAUAUCCGGUUCAGCCAGACGAAUUUACGACACAGCUAGGCCUUCCAUCUCCAACUCAUAUUAGUACUUCUGCUAUCUGGAAUACUUCUAAAGAUUUCUUCAUUCAGAUUGCCGAAUCAGCUCAGUUCCCUGCUUCUUCAGUGAUUCAGGUCCCCGAUGAAAACUCCAAUAAAAUUAAUUACCAACUGGUGGUUGCUUUAACAGCCUUUGGUGCCUUAUUACUUUCGGUAGGAGGCAGCCUUGCUUGGAAGAUUGUGAAACAUCGCAACAUGUUCAAACGAUAGUUGUAUUAAGAAGGACUGCUGAUAGGCCUGAGACUUCUCAAUAUAAUAAAUAUGCCGCUUUGAAUAAACACCUUUCUCCCAGUUAGGAAUGCGUGCAUACGACUAAUCAUGUGCUCAACAAAGAAAAGAAAAAUGAAGGUAGAUAAAAACAGACGUAAAAAUGCAAAUUUAUCUAUAUUAGAUUUCCCAACUUACAGACUCAAAAUACAUGAGUUAUAGAAAAGUUUUACAGACUAUUAAUAGACCCAAUAUCAAUCGUUUAUGAAUUCCUGA